UUUCGACACGAGUCGACACGAGAGCAGCUUCGACCAAAAAACCCCUCCAAAGCCGAGCCUCUUCGUCGUCGUCUUCGUCGUCUUCGUCCCUCUCCCAACUCCUCCCCUCGAUUUCCCCCUUUUUACACAAAACCCCCCCAAUAAUUCUACCCUCGCACACCUCCUCUCUCCCUCCCUUCUCAAUCCUCUCCAUUUCUCUCUCUCUCUCUCUCAAAAAAAAAAGGGAAAAAAAUGGUGGGGGGGAGUAGGAGUAGGAGUAGGAGGAGGAGGAGGCCCCGGUUCUUUAAGAUCUUGCUCGGGGACUUCGAUCAACGGUUGAGGAUACCGCCAAAGUUUAUGAAGCAUAUAUCAGAAGAAACAUCCGAGACAGUGAUCCUCGAAGGUCCCGACGGAAUUAAUUGGUCUGUGGGAUUAGAGAAAACAAUUGAUGGCACGUUCCUAUCGAUCGGAUGGUCGAGCUUCAUCAAAGGCCAUGAUUUGAAGGAACAUGAUUUCCUUGUAUUUGAAUAUGAUGGAGACAUGCACUUUUCCGUACUACUAUUCGACACAACUGCAUGUGAGAAAGAGGAACAAAUUAAGGCUAAAGCUGAUGUAUCCGAGAUGUCAGAAGUGAAAAGAAAGAGAGGAAGACCGGCAAAGCGUUCUUUGAAUUUCGAUCUCCCUCCGAAGGAGGAGAUCAAAGGAGAAUUGGAUAAGCUUCCGACUACAGGAGAUUGUGUGCCGAGUCCUACAGCAAGCCAGAGUGCUAAAAUCGAAUCUGAGGAUGUUGAAAUCAAAAUCAGUCCAUCUAUGUCAGUAGCUGAAUGCAAAGAUUUGGAGCAAAGAUUUGGAGAAGCAGAGAAAGCUGCAAACUCGUUUAGCUCAGAAUAUCCUUCCUUUGUUGCAAAAAUGACAGUGACUAAUAUUUGCAGAUCCUACACACUGAGGAUACCGGCUAGCUUUUGGAGAGAACAUCUUCCGACGAGAAAGAUGGAAAUGGUCCUCCGCGACCCGAGCGGUAAAGCUUGGAUCGUGAAAUUCCUUCCCGGCUCAAAAGGCUCGUUGAAAAACCUGAUAUCCGCUGGGUGGACCGCUUUCGUACGCGGCAACGAGCUUAAGGUGGGCGAUUUCUGCGUGUUCGAGCUUGUCGGUCCGGUCGAGUUCCACGUUCACAUCUUCAGGGCGGAAGAGAACACUACGUCAGAAAAUCUGAAGUAGGGAUGAUUGGCCAAUAUAGGCCUCCAAAUUAGUGUUUGUCAUAUAUUUGCAUGGUGGUGGAGAACCAAAAAGGGCUUUCCCUAACUUCAUGUAGUCCUCUUGGAAACUCCCUUUUUUUUUCUCUUUUUUGAGGUUAGUGUUUUUGUGUGUUUUAUUAGCUCAUCAGUUUUGAAGUGCAUAUGUGUGGCAGUUAACUGCUAAACAAGAGUUCUACUCUUCUUUUAUUCCGUCGCCUUAUGAGGCCCUAGCUGCCUCAUUCUAUGUAGCUAAAUUCAUUUAUCUAAUGAAUGAAGCAGAUAGCGUGCAA